AAAAAUGGAAGGCGAAGAAGACGAUUAUCCCGGGCCUGAAUCCUUCGCCGAGGGAAUCAACCUGAACGGGAGAAAUGUCGGGGCAAUGAUGCUGGCGCCUAGGGAUGUAGACGUAGCAAGUCAGAGUGGUUGCAGGAUCAACAUAUACGUGAACAGCAAUGUUCAAGCUACUUGUGGGUCGGCUCUUAUUGGUAGCAAGGUUAAGCUAAGAGAUCCUGGUGUUCAUCUCCACAUCGAAGACGUUAAAAUGCCCCGCGAAGAAGACGGAUCUAGACAGAAAGAGAUGAGGUUGAUUAAGGUUGGGUUAUGUUUGGUCUGUCUCUUUAACGUCUCUUUAGGACUCCUCUUGCUCUCCUCUUGGCUCCGGAAGGAAACGGAGUCCAUAUAGAUAUCUCCCCAUCCACCGCUGUUCAUGGUAAGAAGAACGACAUGGUCUGUGAUUGUUUCUUCGUAUAGUCACCUACUUAAGAUGUAAAUAUUUAGACUAUUCUGAAACAGUUGAUGUCUACAUCUACAAGGGUAAAAGAAACACAUAUGUACUGUUGUAGUGUUGUAUAUUAUUUUUUUUUAUGUUUUCUCUAGAUUGAUACGAUGGUUGAUGUUAUAUUCCAAUCAUGUAAAUUCAGUAGUAUGAGGCUACCGAAUUCUAAGCUGUAAGUGCAACGUAACAAUCAAAAUCUCAGCUACGGGAUUAUAAUUAUUGAUCAUUAGAGGAAUUAAAAACUUAUCUCA